AAUCUUCAUUCUAGGCAUUUAAUGUUGUGCACUAAACAUUUUAAGAAAUCAUCAUUCAUUGAUAAUUUUGGAAAGCGGCUAGUCAAAUCUGCAGUACCUGAUGAGGAAUGUGAUAAGGUUAGUUAAUCUUUCUUUUGUUAAUAUCUAAGGUACGUUAGGGUAAUACCGGACGGAUUUUCGAAUAGUUGGAAGAGUCUGCCAAAAACUUUAAUUUCUCGACAUUCGUAUACGUCAGAUUUAUGGAACCUGGAGCAAACCGUUAAUCGUUAAACGUAGUUUAGCUCUGAGAAUCUUUUGCUUGUGUAAACUCAACGGUUUCUGCUUUAAAGGUGUGCGAAAACUAGACAUACUUUUUUAUAUGCCUAAUGAAAAAUUGGCCAUUAAGGGGUAAGAUCGGACUUAAAUUUAAAACCACUUCUACUGCUUAGAGAAAAAAGUUUAUAAAAGAGAUUUGUCCUAUAUUUAACGCUCAAAAACAUAUUUCAAUAUGAUCUAAAAAUUACUAGAAACAUAAAUGUUCCAAACGAUUUUCUCUUUUUUUGUUUUUUGCCAUCCGAUCUUAUCCCUGAUAUAAAGAAAUUGUAAUUUUAUGUUUCUCAAACUUUGUUAUGACAUAAGAUGGAAUUACUCAAUAUAAGAGAAAGAUCGGAUGCAUUUGAUUUUAUAUGGGAAAAAAAAUAACAGUAAGGACUGGCGAAAUGCCCUGGGAUAAUGCAGGAGUUAAGGAAGAUACUCGUAUAAAUAUUUUAACAAAGCGGCAUUUAUUAUUAUAAAUUAUUUUUUAAAUAAUUAUUAUAAAUUACAUUUUGAUUUGUAAUAGAGGAUAGAUAUAGAUAUCUAUGGGCCGCAGUAAUCACUUAACAUCAGGUGGACUGUGUGCUCCUUUGUCACCCUUAUCCUAUAAAAAAAAUGUAUUUUAAUGUGUACUUAAAAGUAAUAAAACCAUCGUAUUGUUUUAUUACUUUUAAAUAUACAGACUUGCUAACGAGACUGAGUCCCAUAGUCACUUGAGUAAUCAACGAAAAAAUAUACACGACCAAUGAAAGUUUAACAACCACUGCCAUAUUUGUAACAGGCAAAGAUCGGAUAAUAUUCAUCCGAUCUUCACUCACGAGGGGAAACAUCGGAUCUCGGCCUACAGCGAUCUUACCCCUGCAUGGACCAGCUUUAUUUAGCUAUAACUUCAUAAAAAUUAGUAUCCACACAAAAUAAUAACAAAAGAAGCCAUAUUCUCGCUAAAAAUCGUAAAUAAAAGUGAUAGGGAAAGAUCGGAUGGACAAAAAUAAUACAAAAAUUACAUUGUUUUAUAAAAUGCCACGCAGCACAGGUCCCACUUGCCGGAGUGACUGGGGCGAACUGAGGGUCGGGGCAGGAUGAAAUGGCGUCGUGUAGCAUAUUGUUACCUUUUCAAAAUAUAGCAUAAUUCGCCGGGAAUUUGAAUCCUACGGUCUUGCCCCAUCACCGAUCUUACCCCAACGUACCUUACAUUUUUUUCUUUUGUGUGGCUUUUCUCAUACUACAGUGAAAAUAUUAUCUAGUUAACAAACGGUGGUAACAGAUUGAGUGGUGAUUUAUAAGGGUAUGCGACGUAACCUACCAUUACUUCUCAACCAUAAAAAAACAAAAGUUAUAAACUUUAAAAAAAUAUGUUAUUUUUUAUUUUAAAAAAAAACCUUAUCCAUACUAGGAUUUUCUCCUGUAUUGUGGAGGCAGUUUACAAACAUAAAUUGGAUAAGGACAAACAUCCCCCGGCACAAUUAUUUAUAGGCCAUACAAAUACUUAUUCUGUGCAGCAUUCGAACCUGUGACCUUUAGUGCCGCAACUCAAUGCUAGCCACUGCACCGCCAGCUGUCAAUGUUGUUGAAAUGACAUGAUUAUAAUUUAGUUACUUACAGAAUAUAUUUACAAAUAAAAGAAAUUGUUAAUAUAGUGUCUUAAAAAUAGGAUGGUGGUGGUAAUGGGUCAAAGCAACAUUCAUUAAUAAAAACAAGUUGUAUUUAAUGUUUAUAAAUUUAUAAGGCUGUUUGAAAUUUAUAGAUUGGUUGACCAAUGCUGGGAUACAUGAUAUAAAUAAUGAUUUGAUAAUCUCUAAUUUUCAGAUCACAUUACCUGACCUUAAUUUGGAACAAAGGAAUGUCAUUCAACAUAUUGCAGGUCCAUCAACUAAUAAACAACCACUGUCUGAAAAUAUUCGGAAGACUAUAACUGUUCCAAAUGUAUUUGAGCCUGUUGCGGGUCCGUUAAUAUUUAUACAACCCUUGUAUGAGAAUGUGAAUUAUAAGACCAUUCCUGACAAAACUAGUGCUAUUCCUCAAGUAACUGAGAAUAUCAACCCUGUUGCUGCUGCAAAUCCAUCCAUGACAAACAAAAAGGAUAAAGAUAUGUUGAUAAAAAUUAAAUAUCAUCUAAGAAAAAUUAACAGGCUUCAAAAAACUGUAAAGCAUCUAAAGAAUGAAGCAUUUCUCAAAAUAUUGAGCAAAAAUGAUUCAGUAAAUGAAAUAUUAAAAUGUAAAAUAUCCCCCUCUUUUGCAUUAUUUUUGCAAGGAGAAUUGCAAAACUAUAAAAAAAAUCAAAAGGUCGAAGAUGGAACAUGGACUCCAAAAUAAUAGCACUAAGGCUGAAUAAAAGGUCACCUAGGUGUUACAAUUUAUUAAGAAGGAUAAUUUGCCUACCAACACCUAGUUCAUUAAAAGCGUUAUUAAGCAAGUUUUACAUGAAAGUUACCAACUUUGACCAAAUUUUUAAUGUUUUGAAAAAAACAAUAAAGCAACAGACUCCCUCAGACAAUGAGUAUAUCCUUAUGUUUGACGAGAUGUCAAUAAAAAAGAAUUUGUUUUACAACAAAAAGGAGGACAUAAUUGAGGGUUAUCAAGACCAUACAUUGCAGGGCAGGUCACCACAAAUGGCAACACAUGCCCUCGUGUUCAUGAUUGGCAGAAUCCGUAAAAAGCUGAAACAACCAAUUGCUUAUUAUUUUUCUAGUGGAUCUGUGACUGCAGAUAGGCUGUCAGUUCUUAUAAAGGAGGUGAGCAUUAUGAUCUUUUAUUUGUUAUUAUGUCAAUAUAUGUAGUAGUACUUUUUUACCAUAUUAAUUUACCCUUUUAUCAUUCUAGGUCCUGCAACAUUGUUUUGAUGCUGGAAUUAAUAUUUCAGCUACAGUGUGUGAUAUGGAUGAUGUGAAUAAGAGAGCUUUAAGUAUCUUGGGAGCAUCUGUAGAACAGCCAUAUAUUCUGCUAAGUAAUCGAGAAGUGGUUACAAUUUUUGAUACUCCGCAUUUGCUCAAAUGCUUUAGAAAUAUGUUUUUAAAAUAUGACAUUAAAUGUCCAACAAAUAUAAAAUCAAAUGAUCAAUUUGGAUUUGGUGUUGCUAAAUGGAGCCAUAUAAAGGAGUUUUAUGAAACAGAUAACACCAAUCCCAAUUUUGUUUUUGCACCUUGCUUAAAACAAGAGCAUUUAAAUCCAAAUACGAAGCAGAAGAUGAAGGUGAAGCUAGCUGCACAAGUGUUAAGCCACUCAGUUGCUGCAGGAAUGUAUGCUAAAAUUUUACAAGGGGAACUCUCUUCAGAGGUCGUCACUACAGCUAAUGUUAUUGCAAAUAUGGACAAGCUGUUUGAUUGUGUCAACGCAUGCACACCAGACCUAAGAAGGGGGAAACCAUUUUCGACAAACAUGACAAAUAAUACACCACAUCUCACACAUUUCACUUUAAUGAACAAAUUUUUUAAAGAAAUGACGUUUUUGGGAUGCAAACGAGUUCCUCCAUCCCAAGAAGGUUGGAUAUGGUCCAUCAAUGGAAUAGAACGAAUCUGCAGUCAAUAAGAAUAAUAUAACGAAAAUAAUUUCUACAAAUGUAAUAUUAUUGGUGGCAUCUGUAAUAUAAUCAGGUUAUUGGAGUUUAGACAUAAUAUUGCAAAGCUAUUGCCUUGUUUGUAGAAUGUGAAGGUAAAUAAUGUUUUCUUGUUAGAAAAAAGUGUUUAUAUUAGAUUGUCUAAUCUUUUUUAUAUAAAACCAAUUUACCUUUACUUUCCAUUUUGCUUAAAUGUCAUGUUACAUAUGCCGUUUUCUUAAUAGGUGAAGUGAUGAAGUAAUUAGUUAUAAACUAAUAAUCGUUGACACGUGUUUUAGCGAAGUUACGAGAAUGCUUAUUUCUUAUACUUCGCUAAAACACGCCUACCUCUUAAAAAUAGACUAUUCUGCUUUACAUAACUACUUAACUAUUAAAUCGAUAUUUAGUUAAGAGCUGUUGAGAACUGUUUACAUGCAUAAAGUUAAAAAAAUAGUUAAUUACUUCGUCACUUACGUCCAUCAAUGUACCAACGGUUUUUCUAUGUACCAAUGUAGACAAGUAUGUAAUGUAAAUAAAAAUUAUGUAUUUC